AACCACUUAAAUCUUGUCCACAUAUUCACUUUAAACUUACACUUGAGGUUGAGGGCGUGUAUAAAAUGAUAAGCAAUCUAACCAAUGAUCUUGCAGAGAGAUAUCUAUCCACUUCUUUCUUUCAGAUCUAAAUAGUCUUGAAAUUGUAGAGAGAGAUAUAUAUGGAGGUGCUUCAAUUGAUAUCUGUAGAUCACGUCCACCCUCACGAUCUCAUCUUCUGUGAAAAGGAAGCCUUACACCUAAACGGGCGUGAAGAAAUUUUUUGUUGUGCUUGCUCGAAAUCAUUGGCUGGUGCUAGCUUCUACUCUUGCGGUGAGUGUUAUUUCUUUCUUCAUAAGAUCUGUGCAGAGUUGCCCCAUACUAUUAAACACCCCUCACAUCAUAAACACCCUCUAAUUCUUCACCCGAAUUCACCAUACGCCCCUAAUCAAGGCUACUGUGAUAUGUGUGGGCUAUAUAUUCUCAACUUCUCAUACCAUUGCGCCGAUUGCAAAUUUGACAUUGAUAUAGAAUGCAUUAUGCUUGCACGAUGCUUCAUUCAACCUGAAAUUCACAAGCAUCACUUCACUAGGUGGUACAGGUCUGAUCCAUUUACAUGUGAUUUCUGUGGCACAUAUAGUGAUCGGUCUGCCAAAUGUCGUUUUUGGUUUGGAGACUUGUUAGGAGGAGAUUUGCUCCCAUGGAUAUGCACUAACUGUCAUGUUGUAGUUCACAAAAAAUGCAUCUCACUGCCGUUCACUGUCCAUUUACCACAACAUGAUCACCCCCUCAUCCACACUUAUUUUAUUCCUGAAAACCAAUCUAUUGAUUUAAUUUGUGGAAUUUGUGAUAUGGAAGUGAAGAGAGAAUUUGCAUGUUAUUCUUGUCAAAGUUGUUCAUGUGUUGUCCAUGCCAACUGCGCACUGGACAAUGUACAAAAAAUGAGACAAAAAUUUUGGGCAAAAGGUAUUGUGACAGUAGAGGACAAAUUACUUGAACAAGAGAUUGAGCAUUUCAGUCAUCCUCAUCAUAAAUUAUUUCUGGUACAACAUGAUGAUCAUGAGAUUAAAACAAAAUGUGAUGGUUGCAUGCGUCUCAUCUCUCAUCCCUUUUAUAAGUGUCUAGAAUGUGAUUUUUCUCUCCACGCCACAUGUUCCAAAUUACCAAAACAAAUCAAUCACCCACUUCAUGAAAGACACCCCCUAACUCUUAUUCCAAACAAUGACAACUUGGCUUUCUAUUGUUGGGCUUGCCAGAAUCCGUGUCAUGGCCUCUCCUAUUAUUGUCUAACUUGUAUGGGAACUUUCAGAAUUGAUGUCCGAUGUGCUUUAGUCAAUCCUUUUGAGUUUUACCAUGAUAGUCAUAAGCACACCCUCAGUGUGUUUACCCAAAGCAAUAAAUGUUCACAAUGUACUUCUUGUGGCAAGAAAGGCUACAGAAACAUGCUCCGGUGCAAAGAACAAUGUCCCUUUGCAUUGGACUACGGAUGCGCCACACUACCACGUACAUUCAAGUAUGAAUACGAUGAACAUCCUCUUGUCCUCUCAUACCAUGGAAACGAUGAUUCUAAUGGAUAUCCUUAUUGUGAUAUUUGUGAUCAAUAUAGAGAUCCUAAUCAUUGGUUUUACGGUUGUCCUAACUACUCUGAGUGUCCGAUUUAUGUUCAUCCCGAAUGUGCUCAUGGUGAGUACCCCUACGUGAAGCUAGGAAGCAGCAUCAAGGCUCCCGAUUGGCACGAACACGAGCUCUUUUUCAUCCAAAGGAACGAAGACUUCCUUCCCUGCAGUGACAUGUGCAGCAGGAGUAAUCAAGAAUUGUCCGUCGAAUGCUACAAGGCAGACUGCAAUUUCAGCCUUCAUUACCGCUGUGCCAUCGGGAAAGAUAUUCUUAAGUUUAGUCUGGACGACCUUCGUCUAUUCAUUGAGAAGUAUGAUUCCCUUGACCAUUGUAUUGAGGAAUGAUUCCCGCUCUUCAAAGUCUGGAGUAAUUAAGAAGCAUAGUGUUGGCAUAUUAAUUUAUAUAGUGUAAACCCUGUUAAUGUGCUGUUAGUAAUACUACUAUAAUGCUUAAAAAAGGACAGGAUAGUUAAAGCACCGGGGAUCUUAAAUUUGAUGUUGUUUAUACACUCAAAUUUGUUGUUUCAAAAUCUCAAGUCAAAGAGA